AUGUCUGCCGCCAUAAGUUCCCUCGUUUCGUACGGCAGCGAUUCGGACUCAGACAAUGAGUCGGAAUCGAAAACCGCAGCGGGGAAAGUGGACCCGACGGACCCGGACGCCAUGGCCCAUCUCAAGCCUCUUCAGUCCGAACCCACCAUGACUCUGGCUCUUCUCAACUCCGCUCCCGAAGUCGCCGUGAAGGAGGGUGUGGAGACUGGAGUACACCUGGACCCUGCGCUGAAAGAAGUCAACUACAACCCGACAUUUGAAACCCUGUUUGCACCAGAGUUCGGGCCAACGAAUCCGUUCAAAAGUCAGCAGAUGUCUGCCCCCAGGAACAUGUUGUCUGGAUUCGCAGAACCUGCUCACGUCAACAACUUCAUGUUUGAGCAGCAAAGGAGGACAUUCUCCACCUUUGGUUAUGCUCUAGAUCCCUCUGUGGACACACACAAUGUAUCCACAACUAGCUACAUCGGUGCAGUAGAGGACGCGGAGAAAAAUAAAGGCUUAACUGUGUUUGAGAGUGGACAUACAAAAUCUGAGAAAAGGAAAAAGGUCAAAGGCGGAGAUGCAGGAGAGAUUGACAACUUCCUUGGACCCUGGGCAAAAUAUGCCGAUGAGAAGGAUGCGGCCAAACCCACAGAGGAGGAGAAGAAAGAGCUGGAUGAAAUCUUGGCCAAGAGACAGAAGAGGGGAAAGAAUGAGGAAGAAUCUCCAGCAGAGGAGAAGACUAUUCUCCAUGUUAAAGACAUGUAUGAUUACCAGGGCAGGUCCUACCUCCACGUUCCACAGGAUGUGGGCAUCAACCUGCGUUCUGCAGAAGUUCCAGACAAGUGUUAUCUGCCUAAGAAACAGAUUCAUGUCUGGUCCGGACACACCAAGGGUGUCAGUGGGAUCCGACUAUUUCCUAGCUCUGGCCAUCUCCUGCUCUCCUCCUCCAUGGACUGUAAGAUCAAGCUGUGGGAAGUGUACGGCGAGAGGAGGUGUAUACGGACGUUUAUUGGCCACAGCAAAGCAGUACGAGACAUUUGCUUCAACAACAGUGGGACCCAGUUCCUCAGUGCUGCCUAUGACCGCUACCUGAAGCUGUGGGACACUGAAACAGGCAAGUGCAUCUCCCCCUUCACCAACAAAAAGGUCCCGUACUGUGUUAAGUUCAACCCGGAUGAGGAGAAGCAGAACCUUUUUGUGGCCGGCAUGUCCGACAAGAAAAUUGUUCAGUGGGACAUCAGAACGAAGGAGGUGGUUCAGGAGUACGAUCGCCACCUUGGAGCCGUCAACACCAUCACCUUUGUUGAUGAGAAUCGUCGGUUUGUCAGCACAUCAGACGAUAAAAGUCUCAGAGUGUGGGAGUGGGACAUCCCUGUGGACUUCAAGUACAUUGCUGAGCCCAGUAUGCACUCCAUGCCAGCUGUGACUCUCUCUCCCAAUGGUAAAUGGCUAGCGUGCCAGUCCAUGGACAACCAGAUUCUUAUCUUCGGAGCCCAGAACCGCUUCAGACUGAACAAGAAAAAGGUCUUCAAGGGCCACAUGGUCGCCGGCUACGCCUGCCAAGUCGACUUCUCCCCAGACAUGAGCUACGUGGUCUCGGGAGAUGCGGAUGGAAAGCUGAACAUCUGGGAUUGGAAGACCACCAAGCUUUACCAAAGGAUCAAGGCUCACGACAAGGUCUGCAUCAGCGCCCUGUGGCAUCCACACGAAACCUCCAAGGUCAUCACCUGCGGCUGGGACGGACAAAUCAAACUCUGGGACUAGAAACUGCUCUGGGUGGGAUGUGAGGGGUUAAACUGAACUUUUUUUACUUUAGACACAGAAAGGGUUUGUUUGUCCCAUGGGGUUUGUUAACAUUUUCCGGUGAAUGCCACAGGACUGGUAUCCAGUCUAAUUGUUGCAGUGUUUAUUGUAUCCCAUAAGAGCUCAAAUGUGUAAACUCAUGUAAUGUAUCUGUACAAAGAUGAACACAAACAUACUUUUAAAGGUUGUUUCUGCUACAACAAACACAUUUGAGGGCUACAUUUGCUUUUUUUGUUUUUUUUCAGUAAAUGUUUUCAGUUUAAUCGGGAAUGUUCUGUUUUAAUUUUUAGUUUGUAAUCCUUGAUAAAAACAUUUGUUUUUAAUUGUCUGACCAUCCCUUUGUGGAAAUAAACAUUCUGUGAAAUAUU